AUGGGAAUCUUCAUCCGAACAUACAAUGUGUACAUUAAAACAAAUCGUUCUGUCUCCAAUAUCUACAGUGUGGUCAUCUUCAACCGCCAGGACUGUUGCUCUGAACGACUCAACCCCUUCAACAUCCACAUUGGGGAUUCCGACCAGGUCAGCACGAACCCCCAGUGUGGAGGUGACCUUCAAAUCGACGUGAGCCAUCCCUCCAUUUCCGUCUCAUGUCCGGGCAUGCGGGGGCGCUAUGUGGGCGUCCGUCUUCCAGGAUCCUCCCGAAUACUGGCCCUGUGCGAAGUCCAAGUAUUUCCUGGUGUCAAUGUCGCGCUGGGGAAGCCAACGUUCCAAACCAGCACCGCUGUGCUUGGGGAGGCCAGCCGUGCCAUAGACACUCUUGCUGAUUCCUGUUCACACACCAAUGUCCAUGGAGAGGCUAACCCCGCCUGGUGGGUGGAUCUCGGCCAAUCGUAUGUGAUUGACAGGACCUCCUAG